AUGUCGCGUGCGCUUCUUGCCCAAAUGGCAGAAUUGCAGGCCAAGGCAACACAACAAGAAGCACGGAAAUCCUCCUCCAAAACUCUGGUGUUCCCACCAUCUUGGGUCUCUCAAAGCUUUGGGGAUGACCUUGAGUCCCUUUUUUAUGUUUUUGCCUAUAUCUGUAUCAAGUACAGUGGCCCUAACGGCAAGGAGCGCCAGGAGUCCAUACCUGACUCAUUGCCAGAUAGCUGUGUCAUCAGAGGAGGCCCAUCUCGAAAAACAAUUCCACCCAUACUUUGCAAAACUUAUCCCCCUUGCGAAAAAGAGUGGUGGGCAAUCCUGAAGGAUAACAUGGAGGCACGGGUCACUUUUGAUAGCAUCAUCGAUCUGCUAAAACAUCAUAUUGCCACCCUUGAGGACGAUGAGGAGCGUGCAUCCACCAACGAGAAUCUCAAGAAAUCUGCUGCAGAAAUCACUAAACACUUGAAAAAGCGGCAAGCAGAAGGGGGCAGUAUGGAGCCUGAGUCUGUGCCACAAUUAGCCAAGCGCAAGAAGCAUGAGGCAGCUGACGGUGACUCUGCCAGCGAAGUGACUCAGGCGAUGAUGGCUUAG